CCUGGCACUCCAAACUGGAAGGUGUGGUGGGAGAUGUACAAAAAACAGAAACAGGUGGAGAGAAGAGUUGAAUGAGAGGACAUGGAAUAAAAUAAUUCAGGUGGAUCGCACGCAAAGAAGUGGUUUUGUGUUUAGCAGGAGCGUGGUCAAAGUAAGGAAACCAUAGUGCGGAGACAGAAGGACAUUACAAGACGGAAGGACAGAAAUGGCUGAGGCCCCAAAGAUUGAGCUGUUUGUUAAGGCCAGUGUUGACGCUGAGAGUGUGGGCAACUGUCCGUUCUGUCAGAGGCUCUUCAUGAUCCUUUGGUUGAAGGGCGUCAACUUUACCCUCACCACUGUGGAUAUGAGGAGGGCCCCUGAUGUACUAAAAGCCCUUGCUCCAGGCUCUCAGCCUCCUUUCCUCAUCUUCAGUGGUGAGGUCAAAACAGACACAAACAAGAUCGAGGAGUAUCUGGAGGAGAACUUAGCCCCCCCACAGUACCCAAAAUUGUGCUGUCGAUACAAAGAGUCCAACGGUGCAGGAGAGGACAUUUUUCGAAAGUUUUCAGGAUACAUCAAGAAUCCCAAUCCUGGACUAAAUGAAAUGCUAGAGAAGAAAUUCCUCUCAACUCUGGUGAAGCUGAACAUGUACCUUGAGACGCCUCUCCCUCACGAACUGGAUCAGAACCCAAAUGCUAAUGAAUCUCCUCGUCUGUACCUGGAUGGUGACCGUUUCACCUUGGCAGACUGCAACUUACUUCCCAAACUCAACAUUGUAAAGGUUGUGUGUAAGAAGUACCGGGACUUUGAAAUCCCUGCAGAGCUGAAGGGUCUGAAACGUUACCUAGACAACGCAUACAAACAAGACGAGUUUCGCUACACCUGCCCAAAUGACUCAGAGAUUCUCAUUGCCUACCAAUCUGUGGCCAAGUACCUGAACAAAUAAAGUACCUGAACAAAUACAUGAUGAGUGAGUGAUUAGUAUAUGUGCAUGUAAAAAAAAAGAAUUAAAAAAAAAUUAAUAAUAAUAAAUUAAUUAAUAAUAAAUUAAUUAAAAAAAGAAUUAAUUAAAAACAUGGACAUGUUGUGACAAGCUGUCCAAAAUCUGUCCAUGAUAUACUUAAAUUGUACCAAAAGUACAUGCUUUUUGAUGACUAUAGUAUUUGUAAUUGCAUGUUUAAUAAACUCAUUAACUUCCAAACUGUUUGUAUCAGUACUAUUCCAUUGAUUUCCUAAUGUGGAUUUGUUUUUCAGGCCGUUACUUAUAGAUGUGGAAACAUUUUUAUUCUGACAGGCUGUAAGAGUUCAAAAAAAACAAAAAAAACGCUGAAUAUACUACAUUAUGUUUGUAUGUUUCAUUGUGCAUGUAUGUAUUGUGACCAAGCAUCAUAAAAAAAACAACGUAUUCAUACUUUGGAUUUUCAGGUGAACACUAAUGUAAACAUUACAAGGCAAAUGGUCUUAGAAUGCUUUAUUCUUCCAGAAAAUCGUUGAAGUUGAGAGCAGUUAUCUUAUUUGUUUAAUGACAAGUGCACCUAAUACACCUGCAUGCCUUUAGUAUGUAAUACAGUAUACCAAUAAAAGUAUGAAAUAUA